UUCUCCACGUCAUACAUUGGGGUCCACCUCAGUGGGUCCCUGGAUAACCUAAAAAAAAUUUAAAUUUGUUUUUUUCUUUAUUUUCUCCAAAGGCGACCGUUUGGUUUCUAAUCCUAUGCCCUGUUUUCUCAAUUCAAUUCCAUGCCCGCCAUUUUCUCUCCCACCUUUCAUCCAUGCCUCUCUGUUACUCAACAGCGCUUCCAACUUUUGGAAGCAAAACCACAUGAAGAGGUCGUUUUUGCUCGCACCUUGAAGCACAAGGCGGUCCAUUCUUCUUCUUCUUCUAGCAGUGUUGGUGGUUCGGUUCGUGAAGACACUCUCUUAUUAAAUGACUGGCCUCGGCUCCUCCAACUCUCAAUUGGGUCUUGGAAUCUCAUGCUGGGUCUGGCUGUACAUGCUUUUCUGGUGAAAUGCGGUUCCCAAAAUGGUACCUUUCAAGGCAACAAUCUUGUGAACAUGUACUCAAAGUUGAAGAAAUUGGAUGAUGCGCAACGGGUUUUCGACGAAAUGCCUGUUAGAAACACGAUAACUUGGACUUCUCUGAUGAACGGUUAUUCCGAGAAUGGAGAUUCGCAAUCUGUUUUUCGAAUUGCGCAUGAUAUGUUUUGCAUUGAGGAGAAGUUCAAUGAGCAUACUUGCUCCGUGAUUUUACAGGCAUGUGAUUCUCCGGAGGACCGGAUACUUGGGGAACAGGUCCACGGUUUUGCUGUAAAAAGUGGGCUUGAAGAGAAUGUUUAUGUCGGCGCCUCUUUAGUUUCUAUGUACUCUAAAGGUGGCUGCGUGGGUGAUGCUGAGAAAGUUUUCAAUGGAGUGCAACAGAAAGAUAUUCGCUUUCUAAAUAAUAUGAUUUUGGAGUAUGGGAAAGCAGAAUGUGUGGAGAAAGCAAUAUCGGUCUUUAUCCAGAUUUUGAGUUCUGGUUUGGAGGCAAAUGAUUAUACAUAUACUAAUAUAAUUAGUGCCUGCAAUAGUGGAGACAUACGUGUGGGUGUAGGCAAGCAAUUACAUGGGCUUGCUUUGAAGUAUGGUGCUGUGGGUGAAAGUUCUGUUGGAAAUGCAGUAAUAACCAUGUAUGGAAAGUAUGGCAUUGUUGAAGAGGUUGAGAAAAUCUUUUCUACAAUGGAUCAGAAGAAUUUGAUUUCUUGGACAGCACUUUUGACAGCAUAUCUUAAUAAUGGCCAUGUUGAUAAGGCUCUUAAAGUUAUUCGAGAGACACUAGACCUGAGUGCCGACUAUGAUCCUAUUUUUCUAUCUACAAUGCUUGAAGGCUGUUCGGAGUGCAGUAAUCUAAAACUGGGUCGUCAAAUCCAUGGAUCUGUAAUAAAGCUUGGUUAUUUAACUGAUUUGAAGAUUGAGACUGCCUUAAUAGAUAUGUAUGCCAAGUGCAGGGACCUUAAGUCCGCUAGAUGGAUUUUUGGUGGCGUCUCAGAUAAAACUAUUGCCACAUUCAAUGCAAUUCUAGUUGGAUUCAUCGAAUUAUAUAGAGAUGAUGAAUCGGAUCCCAUGAUCUUAUUUAAUCAACUGAGAUUAACUGGUUUACAUCCAGAUUUUGUAACUUUUUCAAGGCUCCUAAGUUUAUCCGCUGAUCAAGCUUGCUUAAUAAGAGGGAAGAGUCUUCACGCUUAUGCUAUUAAAACGGGAAAUGAAGCGGAUUUGCAUGUAAGUAAUGCAGUCAUUACAAUGUAUGCAAAAUGCGGUAGCAUUGAAGAAGCAUAUCAAAUGUUUAAAGACAUGAAUAGCCAUGAUUCUGUAUCCUGGAAUGCCAUAAUUUCUGCAUUUGCCCUUCAUGGACGAGGCAAAGAAACGCUCUCACUUUUUGAAGAUAUGAAGGAAGAAGGGUUUGGCCCUGAUGAGUUCACAACAUUGGCCAUCCUUCAAGCUUGCACUUACUCCAGAUUAUGGGAAAAUGGAUUAUGCUUAUUUCACGAAAUGGAGACAAAAUAUGGGAUUAGGCCAGUAAUUGAGCACUUUGCUUGCGUGGUUGAUCUUUUGGGCCGUGCUGGGCAAUUUUCAGAAUCCAUAGACUUCAUUAACAAAAGCCCAUUUCAAGACUCACCUCUGUUAUGGAGAAUCUUAGUGAAUACGUGCAAGUUACAUGGGGAAUUGGACUUUGGCAAAUUAGCCUCAACUCGUUUGCUUGACUUAGAACCUAAAGAGGCAGGAUCUUAUAUACUUGUUUCGAAUAUGUAUGCAGUCGGAGGAAUGCUAAAUGAGGCUGCAAAUGUUAGAACACUGAUGAAUGACUUGAAAGUAAGUAAAGAAGCAGGUUGCAGCUGGAUUGAAAUUGAUGAUAAAGUUCAUUAUUUUGUGGCAAGUGAUGUGGACCAUCCAAAAAGCACUGAAAUUUAUGCAAAUUUGAAUUUGAUUAGUGCUGAAAUGCGAAAAUGUGGUGAUGGAAAUGAACUUCAUCUGAUUGAGGAUCUCGUAUAGGGUAGAAAGAUACACUGUCCAUAUACAUGGGUUUGCAGCUGCAGAGAAGUUGAAAUGAGUUCCUAUUACAAUUCUUUCCAUUCUACCAACGAAUAAUAAUUCGCAAAUCCAGAUCAGCUAAUUGUUCUCGGAUAGCACUUGCUCCAGUAGAAAUUUCUCGAUUAUACAUGACAGUUACAAUAUUGGUCAAACUGUUGCAUUGAUUUUGAGUUGAGCAAAAGACAAUUAUAUUCAGAUCACAUGUGGCGUCAGUGAACGAUCUCAACUAGAUUCUGCACUGUACAUAGAUCAAAAGGUGGAGCCUUAUUAAUACAACUACCCAGAUUUGCUUGAAUACCUGUCCUGUUUGUCCCAGAAUACCUGUCCUGAUUAGCAUUCUUCUUUAUACCUUCAUCUUAAAGGCUUUAUAUUUUUGUUUGUUCACUUUAACGACUCAUUUGAUUUUGUUGAAUUGAGCUGGGUGUUGCGCUCAUCUGAACUGUUAAUUAACUUGUUGACUAUAAGGCGUGGCUUUAGUCUUUUCCCUA